AUGUCUUCUGGGAGCAGCCAUCUGCGCGUCGUACCAGCUCACCUGUCCUAUCUUGCCAUAUACAAUCCCUCGCUUGGCCCGACCGAUGAGACUGUACGCGAUCAGAUUGUAUUUUAUUAUUCAAAGAAGCUAGAAGACGAGAGGGAGCGACGCAGGAAACAAAGAGCCUCAGGAAGCGGGAAACGAAAUGAGCUAUCCAAACAUGACCAGCAGCGAGACUCAGAUACCAAAGAGGAGGGGGAAUCAGAGGAACAUGAAAGACUGCGGCAAGUUGGGCUUGCGCAGGGUAUGGUGGACUUUGUAAAUAAUUUCUCAAACGGUGCUCCCCUCGAGUCGAUCGAAACGGAAAAAUCCCGUGUUGUCCUGAAAGAAGUUGAACCCCAAUGGUGGAUUCUCGCCGCCAUUGACCUGACAAAACUGCCAUCUACCAAUUCCGGUGCCUCGACCACCAAGAAAUCAACUAGCUCCACAAAAGAUACCGGAUCAGCCAGUACUGAAAAUGUCGAAUUCUCGUCGCGGGAAGUGGCCCCGGCACCGCUGCUUCUCGCGCAGCUCACACAAGCGCACCGCGGCUUCUUGCUGCAUCAUGCAUCGUGCCUAGCGGAACUUUGGAAGAAACAUGAAAACAACAAAGAACUAUUCUGUAGUAUGUUGAGCCGAUAUUGGACACGUUUCAUCUGGAACUGGGACGUUCUCUUGCAUGGAAAUCCUGCCGUAGAGCUAUACGACGCCGUCAAGCUAGCCGGUGGCGGCGAGCUCGGCAUAGGCGUUGGUGAGGAAGAGUGGGGAAGUGGUGAAAGAGAAGUACUGGAAGAGUUUGUAAGCCGAACUGAAGGUCUUCUCGACUUGGUCGUGGGAAGAUAUGGAGAUGCUCCCAUGGCCCAAGUUGAUGGCAAGCAAGGUACGGAAGCGAAAGUGUCGGAGGUUUCCCAAGAUCCAGAGCCUUGGUUAGGGAACGGAGAGGAUUCUAGGGCUCAAGAUGGAAUAAUCUUUUCGGGUGUGGGUGGCAUCUCGCGCCGAUCUCUUGCUGCUAUAUCGCAGUGGAUGGAUGCCAUCUAUGUUCAAGGGGAGGCUGCUUAUGGUGUCAGCGAAAACCCUGCGUCUCCACCCAGGAAACACAGAAGGAAGAGGAAGCCAGGUAAAGAUGGCUCUUCACGGCCGCGUUUAGAUCGAACGCGACAACAGCAGCGUGACGAAGUCCAACUAAGAACUGGAUCGCCUAGAGGAACGACACCAUAUCUUCGACGCAAAGCGAUCGAGAACAACGCCACUCCCCGAGGGAUCCCGGCGCCUCUUGUUAGUGCGGUGGAACGAUCUUUGAAUGAUGUAACAGCCAAAGCGAAUGGCAAAGGCCCGACUCAAAAGGACGAAGAUGCCGGCGAGUCAACAUCGGCUCAAAGUCAAAAGGACCAGGAGCAGUCCUCGACGUUUGGUGCCGAAAAGAUGAUGAAGUAUCUCAGCCUUGGAUACGGAACGAGCUGGACAUUGAACCCAAAAGGCUUCAGCACAGACAAAAUAUCGCAGGAAACCCCGAAGGAGUUCGAACCAUAUAAGGACGAAGAUCACGUUGAGGGCACGCCGGCAGCAGAGGAACAGCUGCCGGAACUUGAUCCCACUCCGGAAGUAAGUGACGAAGAAGAACAGCCAUUCGUUCAGCGACUUGAACAAUCUAUUGGGAGAUUCUUGAUCGGUCUGUCCGGAGACCUUGAAAACGCCGAAUUUGAGGACGAGGCCAAUGAUGAAACAACCGACAGGGGCUCGGAGGUGAAUGAAAAUGAAGAAGCAGCGUCUUCGGCGUCUACAAAGAUAUCAAACCGGAUUUUCCUCCGGACACUGGUGAUGGAGAUGUCCCCAUCGAGAUUUUCCAAACUGUCAACUGUCGACAAUACUUUGCCGCAGCCUAGUGUCUUCAAUUCCGAGACCCCGUCGAGCAAAGGAAAUACCAGUGCAGCAGCAACAGCAGAUGGUUCUCGGCCAGCGGUCACCAACGAAAAAGUCCAAGUCGCAGUAUAUGUCCAUCAACCGUUCAUCUUCGUUUUUUUGUUCCAGUUACAGACACCGAAUCUCACCGUCCCCGGCUUUUAUCGUGCGAUUCACCACACUCUAGGCCCCUUACAAAAGAGUCUCUUACGAAGCACAGAUCCAGAGCGAUGGAGGGAACGAGUCAAAGAGACAUUGCAGCCAGGGUCUAAUUCAUUUCCCAACCGAGAGCCGAGUCCAGCCGCUGUCCUCGGCUCAAAAAGCCUUUUAGAAAUAUACGAUCUCGUCUACGAUCCAAGCAAAGGAACAAUACGAACCUCAAUCCCCAACAUCCCCCUUCCAGGAAGUCUUGCAGCCGAAGGUCUUCAUCGGGCACAACAACAACUGCGUCCGAUCACAGUUUCGGGGUCUUGGUACACUCUUGGGAUACCGAUCGGAUCGUCAUCAUCAUCCACCAGCCCAUCUGGUGGGUCGACACUGGUGAAAAGUGAGUGGACCCGUAUCGAGGCCUUGAAUGUCCACGCGCAUAUCCUGAAUAUCUGGGCGACAACUCGUGAACAAAGAGUUGGCACUGGCCGAUCCCGACAGGGAAAUGCGGAGCUGGAGAGAACCGUGAAAACAGCCAGAGGAUGGUGGAUAGUAUGGAUGAGGGCACUCUCCCCGAGAGGAAAGCAUGGAGGAGCCAACAAUGAGACUGGGGAGAAGCAAACGUCACAAAACUGGAGUACGUACCAUUCCGACUGUGAUAAAAGCGAUUGCCAGACAAACGGAAUGGUUGCAACAGAAGCAAUCCUGGUCCGGCGAUCGCCACAACACCACGCUUCAAGUGGCAGGGAGACAUCCCGCUCGCGGUCUGACUCUAGGAGGGCCGGUUCUGCAGGAAGAUGGCUCCUUCGUGAACAACCACGUAACCGAGAAGUUAGCGGCACAGGGUAUGGCAAUGGCGCAAGUUCAGGGACGACAAAUGCAAAGGACGUCAGCGAAGGGGUGGGAGUAGAUGCGAGGAAAUGGGUGGAGGGGCUGAUCAGGUUGAGUAUGUGA